AUGAUAGCAGCACAGGAGUUGCACACAGAGUUUCAGUUUCCUCAGGAGGCUGAUACACAGUUGUCCUCUGACACAGACCUUGAGGACCCUGAUGUCAAAAAUGCUAAGCUUGGGAAAGGAAAGGCGGGUAAGAAGGGGAAGAAAGCCCCUGGAGAGAAGGGAAAGGGUGGUGCAGCGAAGGGUGCUGGCCUUGGCCGGGUGAAUGGUCACCACCAGGAGAAUGGGAUGGAGAACAUGACCCUGUUCGAGGUGGUGAAAAUGGGGAAGAGUGCCACGCAGUCUGUCGUUGAUGACUGGAUUGAGUCUUACAAGAACGAUCGAGACAUUGCACUCCUGGACUUGAUCAACUUCUUCAUCCAGUGCUCCGGCUGUAAAGGUGCUGUCAGUGCAGAGAUGUUCAGGCACAUGCAAAACUCUGAAAUAAUCAGGAAGAUGACUGAGGAGUUUGACGAGGACAGCGGGGACUACCCGUUAACCAUGGCAGGGCCACUGUGGAAGAAGUUCAAGUCGAGCUUCUGUGAGUUUAUCGGCGUGCUGGUGCGGCAGUGUCAGUACAGCAUCAUCUAUGAUGAGUACAUGAUGGACACGGUUAUCUCGCUGCUCACGGGCCUGUCUGACUCACAGGUCCGAGCCUUCAGACACACCAGCACCCUGGCAGCCAUGAAGUUGAUGACCGCCUUGGUGAACGUGGCUCUGAACCUGAGCAUCAACAUGGACAACACUCAGAGGCAGUACGAGGCAGAGAGGAACAAGGUCAUGGCCAAGAGGGCCAAUGAUAGGCUGGAGCUCCUUUUACAGAAGCGUAAAGAGCUUCAAGAAAAUCAAGACGAAAUUGAAAACAUGAUGAAUGCGAUUUUCAAAGGAGUGUUUGUUCACAGAUAUCGUGAUGCCAUAGCUGAAAUCCGUGCCAUUUGCAUUGAGGAGAUUGGGGUAUGGAUGAAGAUGUACAGCGAUGCUUUUCUCAAUGACAGUUAUCUGAAGUAUGUCGGAUGGACCAUGCAUGACAAGCAAGGUGAAGUGCGUCUCAAGUGUCUGACUGCGCUCCAGGGCCUGUACUAUAACCGGGAGCUCAACACUCGGCUGGAGCUUUUCACCAGCCGCUUCAAGGACCGCAUUGUGUCGAUGACUCUGGAUAAGGAGUAUGAUGUUGCAGUGCAAGCCAUAAAACUUCUGACUCUUGUCUUGCAUAGCAGUGAUGAGGUCCUGACAGCAGAGGACUGUGAGAGUGUCUACCAUCUGGUCUACUCUGCUCAUCGACCUGUGGCUGUGGCUGCAGGAGAGUUCCUCUAUAAGAAGCUUUUCAGCCAUCGAGGUCCAGAGGAGGAAGGGAUGCCCAGGAGGGGCAGGCAGAGCGUCAACGGGAACCUCAUCAAGACCACCGUCUUCUUCUUCCUGGAGAGUGAGCUCCAUGAGCACGGGGCCUACCUGGUGGACAGUCUGUGGGAGUGUGCAGGGGAGCUGCUAAAAGACUGGGAGAGCAUGAUCAGCCUGCUGCUGGAUGAGCCCAUGCCAGGGGAGGAGGCCCUGACUGACCACCAGGAGACUGCUCUGAUAGAGAUCAUGCUGUGUGCCAUCCGCCAGGCCUGUGAGUGCCACCCUCCAGUGGGCAGAGGCACAGGGAAGAGGGUCUUGACAGCGAAGGAGAAGAAAACCCAGCUGGAUGACCGGACGAGAAUCACUGAGAUUUUCGCUGUGGCGUUGCCUCUGUUGUUGGCUAAGUACUCUGUUGAUGCUGAGAAGGUGACCAACUUACUGCAGCUGCCGCAGUUCUUUGACCUGGAAAUCUACACCACUGGUCGAUUGGAAAAGCACUUGGAGUCGUUGCUGCGUCAGAUCAGGGAGGUGGUGGAGAAGCACACAGAGACUGACGUGCUGGAGGCGUGCUCCAUGACCUACCACGCUCUCUGCAACGAGGAGUUCACCAUCUUCAACAGAGUGGACAUUGCCAGGUCCCAGCUACUGGACGAGCUGGUGGACAAGUUCAACAGACUCCUGGAGGACUUCCUACAAGAGGGUGAGGAACCAGAUGAGGAUGAUGCCUACCAGGUCCUGUCCACACUGAAGAGGAUCACUGCGUUCCACAAUGCGCAUGACCUCUCUAAAUGGGACCUGUUCACCAGCAACUAUAAGCUAUUAAACACAGGACUUCAGAAUGGUGAUAUGCCUGAGCAGAUUGUCAUUCAUGCGAUGCAGUGCACACACUAUGUCAUCCUGUGGCACCUAGCCAAGGUUUCAGAGGGCAGCUCCACAAAGGCGGACAUGGUGACCCUGAGGAAGCAGAUGAGGGGUUUCUGUCUGAUGUGCCAGAGCUACCUCACCAGUGUCAACACCACCGUCAAAGAGCAGGCCUUCACCAUCCUGUGUGACGCCCUGAUGAUCUUCAGCCAUCAGAUUGUGUCGUCAAGCCGGGAGCAGCUGGAGGCUCUGAUCUACACGCCAGACUCCUCCCUGCAGGCCGAGCUGCUCAACUUCAUCCUGGACCACGUCUUCAUCGACCAGGACGACGACAACAACAGCACAGAUGGGCAGCAUGAUGAUGAAGCCAGUAAAAUCGAGGCUUUACACAAGAGGCGGAACCUGCUGGCAGCGUACUGCAAACUGAUCAUUUACAAUGUAGUGGAGAUGAACACUGGAGCUGAUAUCUUCAAGCAGUACAUGAGGUAUUACAACGACUAUGGAGAUAUCAUCAAGGAAACGAUGAGUAAAACAAGACAAAUUGACAAGAUCCAGUGUGCCAAGACCCUCAUUCUGAGUUUGCAGCAGCUUUUCAAUGAGAUGUUAUCUGACCUCGGCUGCAACUUUGACCGCUCGUCGUCGUCCUUCUGCGGCAUUAAAGAACUGGCCCGACGUUUCUCGUUGACCUUUGGCCUGGAUCAGCUGAAGACCAGAGAGGCUAUCGCCAUGUUACACAAGGAUGGAAUCGAGUUUGCCUUCAAGGAGCCCAGUCCCCAGGGAGAGGGAAACCCUCCUCUCAACCUAGCCUUCCUGGACAUUCUCAGCGAGUUCUCCUCUAAACUGCUGCGUCAGGACAAGAAGACUGUUCACCUCUACCUGGAGCGGUUUAUGACCUUCCAGAUGGCCUUGCAGCGAGAGGACUGCUGGCUGCCCCUCAUCUCCUACAGGAACUCCCUGCAGGCCGGAGGGGACGACGACACCAUGUCCGUCAUCAGCGGCUACAGCAGCCGAGGUUCCAGCAUCAGGAGCAAGAAGGCUAAGCCAGCCAGCACCGGGAAGAGGAAACUGCCUGAAGAGGAGAGUAGCAGCUGCAGUACAGACGCUGUGUGGAUCAACCGGGAGCAGAAUGUGCAAACGCCAGUGAUGAUGCCCUCGCCGCAUCUCAGCUCCACUGUGCUGAGGGACCCCAAGAAAAUGAGGCCGGAGGAGAGUUACAUGGGCGUCUACAGCAUAACAUCCGAGCAGCAGCAACAACCGCUGCCCCCCCAGCAGCAGCACCAUCAGACCCCCAUGGACUACAAUACCCAGGUGACCUGGAUGCUAGCCCAGAGACAGCAGGCAGAGGCCCGGCAGCAGCAGGAGCGAGCCAGCAUGCAGUAUGCCAAGAUGAGAAGCCACAUGCAGCAUGCAAUCCGCCGCAGUUCAGGACUCAUGGAGGACGAUGAGGAGCCAAUAGUAGAGGAUGUAAUGAUGUCAUCGGAGGACCGUUUGGAAGAUCUCAACGAGGGCAUGGAUUUCGACACUAUGGAUAUUGAUCUGCCACCAUCGAAAAAUCGUAGAGAGAGAUCGGAGCUGAAGCCUGACUACUUUGACCCUUCUUCCAUCAUGGAUGAUUCGGUCCUCAAUGUUUCAAUGUUCUAAGCUGAUCUGCAUGAAGAGGACACUGUGUUGUCACCGAAAACCUUUUUGAUGACGAGAAGUAUUCUCUGUAGAGAACUGCUUUAAGAUAAGCUCAUGGGACUAUUUGCUCGUGAGGCAGCAAUGGAUGCUCUUUCGACAUCAUGUUUGAAUUUCACCUUUACUUUUGUCAAUCAAUGGGCAGGUUUUUGUGACAUGUAAAUAUGUAGUGUCUGACAUACUUUUAAAACAUAAAAUCUGGCAUGGCAUGUAGCCAUAUAUUAAAACAUAUACUGUAGGAGAAAAUGUGAAAUGUCUUCAUAUUGUUGGAAGGCCUUACCGCAAAUAUUGUUGGAAGGCCUUACCGCAAAUAUUGUUGGAAGGCCUUACCGCAAAUAUUGUUGGAAGGCCUUACCGCAAAUAUUGUUGGAAGGCCUUACCGCAAAUAUUGUUGGAAGGCCUUACCGCAAAUAUUGUUGGAAGGCCUUACCGCAAAUAUUGUUGGAAGGCCUUACCGCAAAUAUUGUUGGAAGGCCUUACCGCAAAUAUUGUUGGAAGGCCUUACCGCAAAUAUUGUUGGAAGGCCUUACCGCAAAUAUUGUUGGAAGGCCUUACCGCAAAUAUUGUUGGAAGGCCUUACCGCAAAUAUUGUUGGAAGGCCUUACCGCAAAUAUUGUUGGAAGGCCUUACCGCAAAUAUUGUUGGAAGGCCUUACCGCAAAUAUUGUUGGAAGGCCUUACCGCAAAUAUUGUUGGAAGGCCUUACCGCAAAUAUUGUUGGAAGGCCUUACCGCAAAUAUUGUUGGAAGGCCUUACCGCAAAUAUUGUUGGAAGGCCUUACCGCAAAUAUUGUUGGAAGGCCUUACCGCAAAUAUUGUUGGAAGGCCUUACCGCAAAUAUUGUUGGAAGGCCUUACCGCAAAUAUUGUUGGAAGGCCUUACCGCAAAUAUUGUUGGAAGGCCUUACCGCAAAUAUUGUUGGAACUCCUUACCGCAAAUAUUGUUGGAACUCCUUACCGCAAAUAUUGUUGGAAGGCCUUACCGCAAAUAUUGUUGGAAGGCCUUACCGCAAAUAUUGUUGGAAGGCCUUACCGCAAAUAUUGUUGGAAGGCCUUACCGCAAAUAUUGUUGGAAGGCCUUACCGCAAAUAUUGUUGGAAGGCCUUACCGCAAAUAUUGUUGGAACUCCUUACCGCAAAUAUUGUUGGAACUCCUUACCGCAAAUAUUGUUGGAAGGCCUUACCGCAAAUAUUGUUGGAAGGCCUUACCGCAAAUAUUGUUGGAAGGCCUUACCGCAAAUAUUGUUGGAAGGCCUUACCGCAAAUAUUGUUGGAAGGCCUUACCGCAAAUAUUGUUGGAAGGCCUUACCGCAAAUAUUGUUGGAACUCCUUACCGCAAAUAUUGUUGGAAGGCCUUACCGCAAAUAUUGUUGGAAGGCCUUACCGCAAAUAUUGUUGGAACUCCUUACCGCAAAUAUGAAAUACCAGUCAUGGUAUUUUUUUAAAGGUUAAUCUGUUCUGCUUUUAUAACAUAUAGAAGACUUUGAUUUAUAGAUAUUUUGUAAUGACAAUCAGAUGUAAAUCAGUACUUUAUAAUCAUGUUAUUACUCAUAGAGAGUACAGAAAUGACCUUUGUAAUGGAAUUUCUGGUGGGUAACAACAGAUGUGGCCUGCAAUUUAUUUCUUUUUUUCCAGUGUUAUAGAUGAGACCUCUUGAUGAACUGAUAAUGCCCAAAUGCCAUUUGACCAAUUGACAGGCUUAGUUUGAAUUCUGAUUUGCUUUUAAAGGUUUGAUGAUUUGAAUGCUGUGUGACUUUUUGAAGAGUGGUACAAAUGUAUACUGUGCAGAGGGGUUGUAUAAAAGAGCGGUCGAAAUGUUCUCUGUUGUCUGUAAGAGAAAGCUUGUUAUAGAAUGUUUCUAAAACACAACAUUUAAGAGUUUGGAUUAGCUAUCAUGGUAUCAUAAUAUAUUAUUAUAUAUAAUUACAUAUUAUACAGUUAUACAUAUGUGUAAUAUAUUGUGAAUCGGUGCUCAUUUUAUAUUAGUUCAGUUUUUGUUAAUUUGAAAUCCAAUUUAGGAAAAGGUUCAAUAGAAUGUAAACUGGUUUAAAUUAACCUAACUAAUGUGCAGUUAUGUAUAAGGAUUUACCUUUGUAUUUGUAUGGUUUUGUUUGUCUUUUCUAAGGAUUCUUGUUUGAAUAACUUUUCUUUACCUCUAUGUACAUUAGGUUGGUUUGCGGUUCCCAACAAGCUUUUUUGGAGGAAUAAAAUUGUAAUCAUGAAUAUUGUAAAUUAUAGUUUUAUAAACAGCUUAAAACACAGCCUCCUUUUUAAAAGCAAAAAUGUCACAUCAAAAUCUAAAUACGAAACUACAAACCAGAGUUUCAUAUUUUUCAUUAUUUAGAAUGUAGCAAGGUUAGACAGUAAAUAAAUAAAUAAUUGAAAUGCAUAAUUUCACUUAAAUUUGAUGUAUGCGUCAUACUGUCAUUUUGAUAUUUUCAUUUCUGUUGUCCUUGCAUUGAACUGCUGAAAGUGUGCAUACGUCUGUAUGUGUAUGUAUACACACAUAGAUAUAUAUAUUCAAAUGUAUAUACAUAUGUGUUUUUUAUUCUAUUUACAAAGUGUCCACUGUACCAUUUAUGGUUUGUAUUUAUGUCUGGAGACAGUAACUUUUUGAACAAAAUAAACCCCCUGCAAUUGUGUGAUGA